AUGGCGGAGAUGGUGUUGGCCGCCCCCACGCGCUCUCGGGCGCCGGCGUUAGUUCGCAAGACGAUGGCGGCCCAGGAGGCGGCGUGUUGUUGUUGUUUUUGUGCUGCUCCCAAUCCCCGCGAUGGAACCGCGCCGCUCCGAGGUCACGUGGCGAUGCGGCUGCCCGAAGACGUCACGUGGCUAAACAAGGGGGGGGGGGGGCGCCGCUCAUUCCCAGGGACCGUUCAGAUCGAGGAUGUUUGCUGGGAGCAGCGGGGAAAAAAACGCGGAGGUGGGAUGGACCCGGCGAGACGCACAGCCACCACCACCACCACCUCCUCCUCCUCCUCCGCUGCUGCUGCUGCCGCCACGCGAGCCAUGGGAGAGCCUCACCUCCACGGGGAGCCCGACGGAGGCGCCUUCGCUCCCGCCCCGGUGCCGGACGCGUCGCGCACGCGGCCGCGUUGGCUCUGCGCGUGCCGUGGCGGCGUCUCGUGUCGCGGGGGGCUGGCCGUGAGCCUCCAGCCCGGCAGCGGUAGCCCCCAUUGGGGGGGCGGAGGAGGAGGAGGGGGGGGCGACGCGAACCGACCCACCGCGUCGCUGCUCGGAGAGGGAGAUUCGUACGGAGGGGCGCUGUGCCCGGGAUUCGCCGCGCCCUGCUUCGAGGCCGAGACGAUGCUGGGCGGGGGCGGAGGUCAGGCGUGGGCAGUGAGCGGAGGCUGGGGGGGGGGGCCCCCCUCCGUGUUCUGCGCCAUGGAGACCCCACAUUAUUAUCAUCAGCAGCAGCAGCAUCAGCAGCAGCAUCAUCAUCAGCAGCAGCAGCUCGGGCUCGUGUGGAAGGCGGGCGCGGCCGGUGAGGUAUCACCCCCUCCCAUGCAGCAUCAGCAGCAGCAUCAUCAUCAGCUCCUGGUGCUCCAUCCCGCGGACCCGGCGCCGCGCCGCUCGCGCAAGAGGCGCGUGCCCUACAGCAAGGCGCAGCUGCGGUCUCUCGAGCGCGAGUUCGCGGCCUGCAGGUUCGUGACGAGGGAGAGGCGGCGACGCGUGGCGGCCCUGGCCGACCUCACGGAGCGCCAGGUGACCAUUUGGUUCCAGAACCGGCGCGUCAAGGAGAAGAAGCUUCUCGGCAGGGGCUCUCCUGCUGCGCGCAAGGCGGCGGCGGCGGCGGCUUCGUCGUAG